AUGCUACCUAACGGCCCAGUCACUCCCGUCGGUCCGCUGGAUGAUAUAACCCAGGCCUUCGUUUCACGCGCUCUCCAUACUGCUUUCAUGUCAGACCCGCCCAUAGAUGUCUUCAUCUUGGCUAUAAUGGCUCUCUUUCGCGUUAUUGCUCUCGCAAACGGACAGAAUCUCGCAGCGUUUCCUGUACUCGUCAACGCGACAUCGCUCUUAAAUUUGGCCACGCUCCCGUUCUGCGGUUCACUGAAUUCCAGCACGUUUGCUGAGCUCAAUACGGGUAUCGACCUCAAUGCAAUCCGCACUGUUGUUACCUUUGGAGAUUCAUGGACUUCGACGGGCUCAAAUGGAACGAUACCAUUCCCGCCGAUUCUCCACCCGCCAUUGCCUUCUGCUGGUUCCCGGACCUCCCAGAAUCGUCGAGCAAGCAACGGCUUCAUGUGGAACGAGCGACUUGCUAUGGACCUCAACGCAAAGCUGCUCGAUUAUGCCUGGGGCGGUGCGGUCAUCGACAAUUUCGCGUAUAAUACGACAACACCGCUCAACAAGACAGCAGUUCAGCGCUCGGAUUUCGUUUCGCAAACCAAGUUAUUCUUCUUGCAAGGGAAGUUCUUGGAUUUGUUGUCGCCCGCUUCAACGUUGUAUUCGGUCGCCUUUGGUAUCAAAGGCUUUGAUAGCGAUGAUGGCCAGUACAAACUAGCGGGCGGGGAUAUCGAUUUGGCCAUUAACACCUAUACAACGAAACUCGCAGAACUGCAAAGUAACGGGGCUCGAAACAUCCUCAUUCAUGGCAUGUACACGUCCCAUCCGGAGACGGACCUCCUCCAAGCCGCGAUCUUCGACUACCUCCGCUCCGCACACAGCACGAACGGAACCGACUUCGCGUUUGUCGACCUGCAUACCCUUUUCGCCGCUAUCUCCACUGCGCCGGCGGACUUUGGGUACACGGGAAACGCAACGUGUUUGGUAAGCCCGAAUACAAUUGUCGGCGGAUGCGUGGAUCCAGAAAGGACUGUUUUCUAUAUUCCGGGUCAUCCGUCCAUGCAGACGCACGGGUUGAUAAACGACUAUACCCAGCGCGUGCUGAACGGGGUGUGUGGUUGCGUAGGCGCUUCGUGCAGGAAGGAAAGUUUCAUGGACCCGAACUUGGGAGCAUCAGCAUGUUGUGGCUUGAAACUCGAUACUCCUUGUGUUGUUCUAGCGCCAAAAUUUGCUCUCCAUAUGUCCGUCCUCAUGUCGGCGGUCACAUUCAAGUUCGCGCAGGCCUAUAUACUUCGUCUGGGUGUACCACACAGAAACGGGACGUGGUGGAAGCUUGACGUUGAAACUGUGUAG